ACAUUUUAGUCAAAUUUAUUUCCGUCAUGUGUUGUGUGUGGGGUGAAUACGGGGUAUUUUUAGGGGCGUAAAAUCCUUAACAUUUGUCCUUAAAAAUGAUAAAUGAAGCACGGUAAAGUAAAUCUUCGUUAAAAUGGCACACUCCAAUUUUAGCGUCGUUGAUGAGUACGGGUUCGAGAGGCACGAGGACUUUGAUUACGAGAGCUAUGAAGACUUUAUGUCUGUGUACCUGAAGGUUCUCGCUACGAGAGCGCAAAAAUGGUCUGUGCUACUUGGCGAAGGAAAGUCGGUCAAACGUACAAACACCAUCAAAAGAUACGUUCGGAAGGGAGUACCGAGUGAGCAUCGCCCAUCAGUAUGGAUGGCCAUAUCAGAAGCAGAGAAGAUGAAGGAGCAAUGCCCAGACCUCUUCCACAAAAUACUUGAUGGUCCUUUUGAAAAAGAAUUGGUGGAUUUAGUGAAGACGGACUUACCGCGCACAUUCCCUGACAACAUAUACUUUACAAAGGAGGCCAACCACCAAACACACCUGUUUCACAUACUCAUAGCUUACGCACACAACAAUAGAACUGUAGGCUACUGCCAAGGAUUGAAUUACAUUGCUGGUUUACUAUUGCUGGCUACAAAAAGUGAAGAAACAUCCUUUUGGCUGCUCAAAGUUCUAGUGGAAAAAAUACUUCCUGAUUACUACACCAAGACCAUGGACGGUCUGAUUGUUGACAUUGAAGUGUUAUCAGAGCUAGUCAAAUCUAAAGUGCCCGAUGUACACCAACAUGUGAUAAACCUUGGUUUACCUUGGGCAGUUAUCACUACAAAAUGGUUUGUGUGCCUGUUUGCUGAGGUCCUGCCCAUUGAAACAGUGCUGCGAAUAUGGGACUGUCUCUUCUAUGAGGGCUCUAAGAUACUGUUUAGAGUGUGCCUCACACUGAUCAAGUCAAACCGGGCCACUAUCCUGGCGUGUAAUGACUUCACAUCACUUGCAGAAUGCUUCAAAGCUAUUGUUAAAAAUGCCAGCGCAUUGCAUUGCCAUGAGUUUAUGCAGUCUAUUUUCAAAGUACCUGGAACAUUAUCAAACGCCACAAUAGCCAAGUUGCGCGCACGGUUCGCGAAGCAGCGCCGCGAGCAGCAGAGGAAGGAGCCGCGGUGAACACACAUAACCGACAACAGCAAGUUUUGAUCUCAUUCACGUAAUACACUACCAAAUUGAAAUAUCAGUAACAUGUUACUACUUAAUGCUUCUUACAAGUACAGAAUAAAUUAAUCACAACACAAUAUUCUUUUGAUCUUUUCGAAAGACGUCACAUCACAUACACAUCUAAAUUUACGACCAAAUGAAACUGACUGAAACAUGUAGACCCGCCAAAUAAUUAGAAAUUAAGUAAGUUUUAUACUGUAUGCAUAACUUACCAUGGAGUUAACAGACAUUAUGGUUGGGUGAUACUUGACAUAAUUUACAGACCAAAAAAACUAAAGCUAAUCUUUUAUUGGGUUAAUAGCAGUACAUUUUAAAAACCCUCAUUUUAUUCUGUUUGGUAAAGAGUAAAAAUAAUAAAAACAAGUAGUGUAAAGAAAGUUGAGAUAACUAGUACAAAAAUGGUAUGUAAACAAUAUAACUAAAUCUGAACAUGCACAUAUUUUCAGACAUGCACUAGUAUAGUAGUGGGUAUGGCCACCUUUACUUUGAAAUUAUAUCAACACUACACAGUAUACAAAUUAUUUACAACUUGCUGCUUUGUUAUCAUGUUGUUUGAGCAGAAUGAUGAGACAUGACAUAUCACUCUUUAAUGCUGUGCAUUAUUUGUGUUACUUUAUUUAGUUAUAGGUUUAUUUUGUAAUUGUAAGUUUUGUUAUCGAGUUAUGGUAAUUUGAUAGUAUUAUAUUUAUUUUCUUAAUAUUGUUUUGUACCUGUCUACAUGGAUUUAAGGAAGGGACAAUCAUUUUAUAGAAUUUUGUUUCAAUAGUACAUUCAAUCUGAACAAUAAACGCAUUUAUUUAUUUGUAACAUGUAGGGAUUGUAAUAAGCAACAAAUUGGAAAUUUCAAAGAAAUAGGUAUAGUUCCCCCACAAAAUAAUGGGUAUACAUUCAGCCAGAUACAUGGGCAAUGAGAUGUUAAUUGUGUAGGUACGAGGUAUUAUUAUUCUAGUUUAUUAGUCCUCUUAUCAGGUUUUUUUCUUUUAGAGGUAAUUGUUAAGGCUAGUGAAAAUAUUGACAAAUUUUUAAACACUGUGUGAUAAAGCUGUUCAAUAUGCAAUGGUAUAUUUUCUUCCUUAAACAUUUUUCAAUGUUUUCAGUAGCCAUUUCCCUUUGGUGUUAAUUUUUGUAAACACUUAAAAGUACUGUAGAAAGUUAGUGUUAAAUAGUAAUUGAGUUAGUUUAUCAUUUACUAUAGGUCAUUAUCAAGUAAACCAACUAACCCACUAUACACUCAGAUUUUGACAAUAAAGUUUACAUAUCUUUACACUAGGGCUUAUUCAUGUGAUAAUUUAGAUUUUUUCUUAUGUACAUUUCAUAAUUUCCUAUCAGCAUCUUCUAUUGUGUGGGUUAUGAGGUGGAUUACCAACCCCAUAAACCCUGGUGUCAGGGUUAUUAUUGAGCCGUCAAAUUGAUUUCCUAUUAGCAAUAAUAGAAAUAUCCCAGAUAACUGUUAGAGCAGAGCAUUAAAGAAUAUGCUUUACAACAAUGUAAGACAAUGAAAUAAAUAAUAAUUUUAAUAUUUUGCUCAAUGUAUUUUUCAAGUGAUUACGCUAAUAAAUGAGCUUAGUAGUGAUGAAUUUUGUUAAAAAGUAUGAAUUUGCUUCCUAAUGUGUAAGUAAGAAAAGUUGUUAACUGAAUGUUUGUAAUUUAUAAUGCAUGUGGGGCUGAGCUGAUAAAUUGUAAUAAAUAUAAACAAACUUGAGAUAAUGACAAAUGUAUAAAUGUAUUUUUGUAAAUUUUCUUUAAAUCCUCUCUUGUUUGCUGAUCAUGCCUCAACUACAGUCUACUGUGUUAGAACUAUUGCCAUAAUGUAUGUUGGAUGUACAUUGUAACAGAAUAGAUUAUUGAGAUGUUGAGAAUA